AUGGGUCUCUGGCCAUUCUCAAGCGAAACGCGCGCCGACGCCAUCCGUUCCGGCGAUGCCAUUCCCAACCGCCAAGAGCGCAAGAUCUGCUGGGCCGCCCGCGACGCCUACUUCAACUGCCUAGACGCCAACAACAUCGUGGACGCAACCAAGGACCCCUCAGCUACGAAGCGCGCAUGCCCGACGGAGACUGCAGAUUUUGAGCGCGACUGUGCUGCUGCAUGGGUGAAGUACUUCAAGCAGUGGCGGGUUGCGGACAUCCAGAAGAAGCGACGUCUGGAUGAGCUGAGGGCCCAGGGUGCGCAGGAGAUGACUGUCACAACGAGCUUUGCACCCGAUGGUGGUGCUGGAGAGAAGGGCAAAGGUGUGGGGGAUAUCCAGACUUUGUUGGAGCAGAAGAAAUAA